AUGAGCCCAAAGACGAAGCCACUGAAGUAUUCAAGUGAAGGAGUGCUGAAAAACUGGAACGGCAAAGAUUGGCAGACGUACAAGUGGGCGCUGAUGCAUGUCUUCAAGGAACAAGACCUCAAGGACAUCGCGGUUGGUGAUUUGACCAAGGCGAUGCUGACUACUGCAAGUGCAGAGAAGAAAGAGGAGUUCGAGAAGAAGCAGCUGAAGAUCAUGCGCUUGAUUGGUACUUCGGUACCGGCAGACGUCCUGCAUCAGAUACGUGACAAGAAGGCCGGAUCGGAAAUGUGGAGUGAGCUCUGCAACUUAUACGAAGGAAAGCAGAGUGAAGCCAUUAAGGCGUACACGAUCCGUCGCGUAGAGAACGAGCUUUGGAGCAUGAAGCUCGCCCCUGGAGGUGACGCCAACCUUCAUCUUUGCAAGAUGUUUAACCUCAAGACUGAGUUGGCCGACUUAAAUCAUACGGUUGCGGACACCACGAUGGUGGACAUGCUACUGCAGAGUUUGCCUGAUCAAACUGAGUUUGAAAAUCUGAAGUCCUCAAUAUACUAUGGUGCAGAUCCAAGUAUAUACUCACCUAAGAAGGUUCGAGAGCUGAUUCUUGCAGCGACUGCUCGGCAAAAAGAGUUCCGGGGCAAGCGCGGUGAGAAGAGAGUAACCAGCGAGGAGGACAUUGCAAAGGCAGUGAGGGCAAAUGAGGCUCUCAGGAGGACAAGACUGGUGGAUCCAAGAAAUGAAGAUCACAUACGGUCAAAUUGCCCUGACAAGUCGAAGGUGCAGGAGAAGGCUGAUGACGCUGAACAGAAGCGCAAGCCACGCGGGAACUGCACGCUACGGCAGGAAACCACUGGACAAGUGCAGAUGAACCAUGAGCUGGACGAGGGUGUUGUAGCUGGGGUUGCACAGCCUCAUGAAGUACAUGACGUCCCUCGGGAACACGGUGGAGCACAUGGAGUGGAUGUAUCUGUGCAUGGGGAGGCAGUUCGAGAAGCUGAAGAUCAUGUCGAAGGUCAAGACCUUCACACUGAUGAUGCACAUGAUAUUGGAAUUGUGAGCGACGACAAAGUAGUGAGUGACGAAGACCCAGCACGUGAGGCUGAGGCAGACAGUGUUGAGGCACAUCUGGAGGACAGUGAUCAAGAAGCUGGACGAUCUAAUGGCGGGUGGCGGUAUCUGAAUACGGCUUCCAACUGGCACGUCACGGGGAAUUUCGCUGAAUUCGUGUCGUACACGGCAGACUCGGAGCAGUUGCAACAUAUCCGAGGAGUUACAUCUACAAUUGCUUCCCGCAUAGCUGGAAUGGGAACAGUAGCAUUUACGACAGAGGUUAAUGCAGAACAAAUAGUGAGCUAUCUCAAUGGAGUACUAUAUAUUUUGGACGCUGAGUAUGGCUUGUUUUCUCCGGGUUUAGCCUUUGAGCAGGGUUAUACCCUGGAACUCGAUAAUGAAACGAGAAAUUUCACAUCUUGA